AUGGAUGUUGCAUUGCCAUUGGAUAAGUUAGCUUUAGAACUGAUUAGUAAUGAACCCUCCCAUGGAAGCACAGCCAAUGGCAAGAUAUAUGUCAUUCUGGUGGCAACUGGAAGCUUCAAUCCACCUACUUUGAUGCAUUUACGCAUGUUUGAGCUUGCAAGAGAUGCAUUAAAUUCCAGAGGUUACUGCGUAAUUGGAGGUUACAUGUCACCUGUGAAUGAUGCAUACAAGAAAAAGAACCUAAUAUCUGCUAACCAUCGAAUACAAUUAUGUCAUUUAGCCUGCAAAAGUUCAGAAUUCAUAAUGGUUGAUCCAUGGGAGGCAAACCAAAGUUCAUAUCAACGCACUCUAACUGUCCUGUCCAGAGUCCACACUUCUAUUUGUGAGACAGGGUUGGUAUCUAAAGAAUCUCUCAAAGUCAUGCUUGUCUGUGGUUCUGAUCUCCUCCAUUCCUUUGCCGUUCCUGGAAUAUGGCUUCCUGAUCAGGUUAAGAGUAUCUGCAGAGAUUAUGGAGUAGUAUGCAUUCGCAGAGAAGGACAGGACGUUGAAAAGACUAUAUCUGAUGAUGAAAUUAUGAAUGAAAAUCAGGCUAAUAUUGAAAUUGUAGAUGAACUUGUACCAAAUCAAAUCAGCUCAACAAGAAUAAGGGAAUGCAUUACAAGAGGAUUAUCUAUAAAGUAUCUUACUGCAGAUGAAGUCAUUGGUUAUAUCAGAGAACAUAAGUUAUAUGCUUAA